GAAUCUGUAGCCAGCGAACGGACGACCUGCUGGGUAAACAAGAGUGGAUGCUUCGAGCGGCAGGAAUGGCAACUUCGUCGAGGGCUAAUAGUGAGACAUUUCUAUCUUGUCAAACAGAAACACAGUAGAGAGGUCGUGCUACCUUUUAAGAUUCGACAGGCGUCCGUUGCGAGUCAAAAUGGCUGAGUAUAAUCGGGUAUUUGCUGAGUGAAGUGGAACUAGCCUUUACGUUAGCUUAGCUCGUAGCCGUCCAGGGCCCAUUGCCUUCGAUUUUGCUGCUCGGCUCAGCUCGGGACUGUGUUGUCAGUUUCACAAUCCCAGCCACUAACGUCCUCGGAUCGCGAUUUCUAUGUAGGCCUGUCUAGUUGCAGUCAGGGUUAACAUUCAGAUAAAUGCUCGUUUUCAGCGCUUGUCAUUAUUCCCCACAGGAUUUAACCUCCCAUGUUACUAAAAGGACGGUGACACAAUUUGGAAAAAGGACUUAGACCCAGAUUUUGUGAGAUGCAACGGAUAGACGCCUAGGAACUGAUGCGAGUGCAUUUGCUGUUUGCCCUUUGAGGACGGACCUGCCACCAUGAAGAGUGAGGUGCCAUCUGAGGCCCCCAGCAGACAGGAGCAUCUGAAGGAGCCACUGGUGAACCCAGAGCCCAUGGAGGCAGCCAAGAGCUUCCCUAACAACAUGGAGGUGAUUGGAAAGAGCGAAUUUGAAACCCUGUGUGAGUCCAGGCAUCGGACCCUGAGGGACACAGGGACACACAGAGACUCAGAACGGACCCUUCCUGGGCGCAGAAAAAGAAAAGGCCAACAGGCAGGGCCGUCAGACUGCUCGCUGAAGGAGGGCCACAUUAGUGAGAGUUCACUGGCCACUCAGCGUGCCCGGGUAGAACUUUUACAGCACCCCAGUGAGGAUGAACAUAAUCACGAGUCCUCUUUUAGUGACUGUGCUUCCUCCCCUUCCUCUAGCCUGCGAUUUGGGGACUCGGACACUCUUAGCUCAGAGGAGGAGGGGGAAGCUGGAGCAACAGGGGGCCAACACAAGGCUCCUGCCCUGACAACAGGAGGAGCCGCCGGAGUCGGCCUGCGCCCUGUUCUGGGUCGAACUCGGGGGAAUCGCUCUCAUAAGUGGGUGCGGUCUGAGGCUGAGCCAGUGCUGCUGAAGCGGCCGUGUCUGAGCAGCCGGCGGCCUCUUCAUAGGAAACGCUUUGUGAAAACAGCUCCUGGAGGGGGUCAGCGGACACAGAAGCAAAAGGAGCGACUACUACUGCAGAGGAAGAAACGUGAAGUGAUUGCACGUAGGAAGUAUGCUCUACUUCAUAGCACCAGUAGUUCCAGCGAGGAGCUGAGCAGUGACUCUUCCUCCCCCUCUUCUACCGAAGCCGAAGAUGAGCUGUAUGUAGAUGUUAGCAGCACCAGCAGCCAGCCCAACAGUGCGACUGUAGCCACAGGUGCCCUCGAUGAGGAUGUGGUGGUGAUUGAGGCAACUCCAGCUCCAGCUCCUGCUGUCCCUGCAAGUGAGGAGAUCAACGUCACUUCAACUGACAGUGAAGUGGAGAUCGUCACAGUCGGGGAUGGUUUCAGGUCACGCUCAGUAGGGGGUAUUGGCAGGAUUUGGGGUAAUAGUUGCGCCCAGAAUCGUCUCCAGGAGUCACGUGGACGUCACAGACUCUCCACCGUCAUCCAACCACUGCGUCAGAAUGCUGGGGAGGUGGUGGACCUCACUGUCGAUGAAGAUGAUCUCUCAGUUGUGCCAACAACCUCUGGCAGCAUUCACCCUCAAACAGUCAGGUCGUCGUCUUCAUCAUCUUCCCAUCAUGCCUCUACCUCAGAGCUCAAUGAUGCCCCAGGCCCUUCCACUAGCUGCCCAGGCUCAAUACCUGAAAGUAUGCACACACAGAGGCCAAGUGGCUCUACGCGCACAGCCACAGAGGGUAAGACAGGACAUGAUGACAGCAGACCAGGCUUGUCAGGUACAGCAGGAGAAAACGCAGGCGCAGCCAUGCCCAGACUCCCAUCUUGCUGUCAGCAGCACUCCCCGUGUGGAGGGCCCUCCCCUGGUCACCUGUCCCUGAGCCACUCUCAUUCAAGCUGCUUGCAGGCGUCAUCCUCUCAGCAGACCAGUGGCUCCCAGCACAGCCACGGUCAUAGCCACAGCAAUGCUCACCACUUCGUCCACCAUGUCCAUCACCCAGCACCACAGCCACCGGGCACCCUGCCCUUUCAAGAGCCGAGCUGCCCUGUGGAGCGACCCAGUGCUCUGCCUGCAUCCUGUGCUGGAGUCAGCAGCAGCAGCAACAGUAGUAGUAGCAACAAUACAGCCCACUACCACGACCAGCAAACUCUGCCAGUGGACCUGAGCAACAGCAGUGUUCGGAGCGGUGGAAACAACGGGGCUAGUUUCCAUGGCAGCACCUCGGCCUUUGACCCGUGCUGCCCAGGCUCCACCUCACGGCCGCCUGCUUACGUUUCCCAGGCCACCCCUGGGCCCAGCCAGCCAGCUGUGGUGGAUUCAUUCAGCUCCUCCAUGGUGGCUCAGCCCCAGCCACAAACACAACCCCAGCCCUGCAGACAUUACAUGCACCCCUCCUAUGGCUCUCUAGCACGCUCACUGCAUCAUCAGCCCUCCUCCGCCUGCCCUCAUUCCCAUGGGAACCCCCAGCUUACACCUCAGCCCCCUCCACAAGGCGAUUAUGUCAUUCCCCACACUGUCACCUUUCAUCCGCCACUGCCAUCCCACCCUUCAGGCCACGCCGUGCCCCCUGCCCCUCCCCCACCUCUGUCUACCCACCACCUUUCUAGUUCAAGUGCCCCGCUGGCCCAGCACCUGCCUACAGACCACCAGGCCCUGCCACACCAUAUGCCGGCGCUGGGGGCCUCGGUGCAGAGGAUCCAUCAACAUGAGAUGCUGCAGAGGAUGGAGGUUCAGAGGCGCAGGAUGAUGCAGCACCCAACACGAGCACAUGAGCGUCCGCCUCCACACCCUCACAGAAUGCACCCCAACUACGGCCAUGGUCACCACAUCCAUGUGCCACAAACUAUGUCUUCCCACCCUCGCCAGCCUGAGCAGAGAACAGCAUGGGAGCUUGGCAUCGAGGCUGGAGUGACUGUGGCACCGUACCCUUCAGGGCACCUGCACUCCCACCUGCCCCACUACCACCCUCCCCCCAGACUGCACCACUUCCCCAUCCCCUUCAUGCACACUGGCAUAUCUGAAGUGACCUACCCGCACAUUCGGUACAUCUCAUCUAGAAUGACUGGCUUUGGAAGAACCUAUGAGGACCUGCUGCAUUUAGAGGAAAGAUUGGGGACUGUGAACCGAGGAGCCUCUCAGGGAACCAUAGAGAGGUGCACUUACCCACACAAGUACAAAAAGAAGGUGUUGGAGAGAGACAUUGACCAAGAGUUAACCCCUGAAGCUUGGGCAUCUAUUGGGAAAAAUAUGCACGCAACCCCAGAAUCGAGAAAGCUGCAUGGUAAGCAAGAUGAAGACGAGGGGGCAGAUGAAGACACAGAAGAAAAAUGCACCAUCUGUCUGUCAAUACUGGAGGAGGGGGAGGACGUCAGACGCCUACCAUGUAUGCACCUCUUCCAUCAGCUGUGUGUGGAUCAGUGGCUCCUCACCAAUAAGAAGUGCCCCAUCUGCAGAGUGGACAUUGAGGCGCAGCUGUCUGCUGAGAGUUGAUGCUGUUUUUCUAACAACCCCUUUUUGUUCAAAGUUUAUUUUGAGAUCAUAUUAAUUUUCUCUUCAGUACUGCAGUCAACCAAAGAUGGCAACCUGCGCAGCUCUACUACGAGAAAAUACGAGAAAAACAAACAAACAAAAAAACACCUGACAAAAAAGCAUUGAGCCUAGAGUGCCAGCUAUCACAUAUUACUACAACAGCUAGAAUUCUCCAUUAAGGGUUUAAGAUUUUAUUGUAUUUAUAAAGCUUUUAUGUAGCUUUUGAUUGUUUCCUCAAGUGUCAUUUUUUGUUCUUGUUUCUCUGCAUGUUUCCUUGCAAUGCAUUUCUUUGCACAUAUAACGUGGGCUUUAACACGGCCUAACAACUCGCAGGUGAGGAUAGCUGCUCUAGUAAAGACGCAUUUCUGUAAACCUAAUGCCUUGCUUUACUAGAAUAGAAUGUCACCCUCCAGUUUUGAAAAAAUAACAUUGCAGGAUUCGUUUUUACCAAUCAUUGUAUUGAUUAGUUUAUGUUUAGAAGAUGUGGAUUGUUAGUGAAAGAUGUUUUUUAAGUAAAUCCAGACAUUCCUAACUAGGGAAAUAUGUUAACAGAUCAGCUGCUGUAUUAGUGCACACCCAGUAUUUCUAGAGUGGAAAUAAACUCCAAUGUUCACCUCACCUCCCAGAAUAUGCACAUGCUUUGCUACAGUUACACUUCCCUCCAGCACCUUCAUUCGACUAAAAACACCGUUGUCACUUUCAUCUGAUGUAUUUUAGAGAACCAGAAAAAGAAUGUCACGUCCCUCUCUUUGACUGUUCUUUCUAAACUGAACGAUUGUUGGGACCUGCUAUGAAUCUUCAUUUUAUGGGGGGUCGCGCCUGCAGAUGGGUCUGUGACGGCUAAGGUUUCUGUCAGAUGAUCUCAGGUCAACAUGUGUGUAAGACAUUUCACAUGAGCCUGCGACCUGGGAUCAUUUCUGUCAGUUUGACACCGGCAGUGACGUUGACUUUAAGUUCCCGUGUGUGUGCGUGCACGUGUGUGUUCAGAGGGAAAUACACAGCUCAAUUUGGGAUGAAUAUUUACUGUUUGUUCUCGCACUUCAAAACCAUUUUAUCCACCCUCCCUUUUGUCUCUCUGUAGUUGAGCAGCGGCGUCCAUUUUGGCUGCUGCAGAAAGAAAAACACUAAUACUGUUGACUAACUCACUCGCAUAGACUUGCACAAGAGAGAAAAAGGUAGGAGAGUAGUAGUGAAUAUGACAGUGCACUGAGGCCAUGUAUUUCCACUCUGAUGAACAUUAGAAAAAAAGAAGAAAAAAAAAAAGAUAUUUUGAAUGGAGUGUUGAAAUGCAGUACUUAAAGCAGGUAUCCAUGCAUUCAUUGACUUAAAGGCACCAGGAUCAUAUUCUGUGGGAUUUAUAUUAGUUUUAAAAAAUAAUAUUAAUAAACUUGGAUAACUCUUGA